AUGUCAUUUCGUCUUCCACAUCUACGCCCAAUAAUAACACUUAUCCAUAGUCCAAAAUGUGCAACAUCCACAAAAGCACUGAGAAUUCUAAAAACGGCAAAAACGUCAAGUCAGGACGCAUUUGAUGUCGACAUAAUCGACCACACACGACAAGAAGUGACCAAAGAUCAACUUGUCACGAUCGCCGAAUAUCUUGGAAAUGAUUUCAAACAGGUUUUGAAAAAACCAAAUGAAGAUGGGGAAAAUGCGAUAGCUCCAGAGGAAAAUAUUCAAAAUCGAUCACAUGAAAAAAUCGAUGAGGAAUUCUUGCCAAAAACGGUAGACCAGUUUGUGAGCAUCGUCAAGAAGAAUCCGUCGAGAUUGCGUCCGCCGAUUUUGGUAGAUUGGAAUAAAGGGCAUGCUAUAGCUACUAGACCUCCUGAGAAAAUAAUUGAUUUUCUUAAAAACUUGGGAUAUUUGAAAAA